AAUCAGAGUCGUAGCAGAAAAAAAGUGUGUCAUCAGCUUUGGCUCUGUAUUGUUCCACAGACUAUGAAUAGUACAAUCAUUUCUGUGGUAAAUCUGUCAAAUGGCAACGCAGUUAGUUAAUUAGUUAGAGUUCUUAAAUUCGACAACAUCAACAGUUUUAUUUCUUCUUUUCUCUCUCUAUUUUAUUAUUAUUAUUAUAUUAUUUUGUAGCUAUUUUAUUUAUCUACUAAUUGAUCUGUGUGACAGGCAGAGAGGAUGAGGAAAUUGACGUCUAAUUUCAUGUUCGCUAUUGGGCUGAUGACUGGAUUUUUCUCUCUUCGUUAUGUGUUGGACCCGAACCUUUCCAUCGAACAAUUCACGAGACAUGUCAAAUCAGAUGUACAGCACGUACAUAUAGGUGAGAAAAGCUCUGUUACAAAUUCCUCUCAGACAACCCGGAUCUUAUGUUGGAUCAUGACAGGACCAAAGUACUUGGAAUCCCGGACCAAACACAUCAGGGAAACAUGGGCCAAGCGCUGCACCAUAACACUAUACAUCAGUUCGGUAAAGACGGACUUCCCCACUGUGGGGCUGAAUGUGAGUGAGGGGAGGGACAACUUGUAUUGGAAGACCAUUCGAGCUUACCAGUACAUCUACGAGCACCACCUAGAUGAAGCAGACUGGUUCCUGAAAGCAGAUGACGACACAUUUGUGGUCGUGGAGAAUCUACGUCACACCUUGUCUAAAUAUGACCCAGAAAAACCGCUGUAUUUGGGUAGGAGAUUUGCCCCUUUCGUCAGCCAAGGCUACAUGAGUGGAGGAGCAGGUUAUGUCCUCAGUAAGGAAGCAGUGAGAAGAUUCAUCAAAGGGUUUGAUACUGGACAAUGUACCCACUUUUCCACCAUCGAAGACAUGGCUUUGGGGAAAUGUAUGGAGACAAUGAAGGUGGAGCCAGCAGACAGCAGAGAUGUGAAGGGGAGGCAAACGUUUCAUCCUUAUCCACCAGAUUAUUACCUUGUUAGACAGCAACCAAGGCCGCGGCCAUGGUAUCUGCUUUACGAUCACUACACUCCUGUUGAGGGUCCAGGUUGCUGCUCGGAUUUAGUUGUGUCUUUUCACUACAUCUAUGCCAACCAGCUGUAUGAGCUGGAGUACCUGACGUACCAUCUGCGGCCAUAUGGAUACAAAUACAGAUAUAAUCCCGAUGAGAUACCUGGACUGAAUAGCACAACUAAGUCCAUGUAAAAUGAUGACAACUGCUAACACUUUGUGCACUAAGUGGAGGAGAGGCUGAGGGGCAUCUGCAGAUUUCAGAGCUGAUGAACAUCAUAUAUUUUAUCUUUUAUUUGUUAUGUCUUGUUGCAGCCCCUUCAAAUGAGUAUGAAUUAGCCACAUAAAAAUGUCAGUUGUAGCUGUGACACCAUGGGAAAAGACCUCAAGGCCAUAUAUUGUGUAACUCAGAGGUAACAGAGGUAGAGGGUUGUGCAGAAUAAAAACUGUUAUUAAUGAAAUGUUAAUGAAAUAAAUGUAAACCAGUGACAAGACAGCAUAUGGAAAAAUAAUGUUGCCCCAUUUGCUGUCCAUGUUUUUGGUGACCUAUUACUAUUUUUGUUUUGUUUUUUAAAUGGGAAAUAAGAUUUUAUUUUUUGCUCUUACUGUUACAGGGGGGUAAAUAAAAAGAUAAUAUAUGAAUAUGA